UCUGUCAUCUUUUCGCUCCUUGUCCCUCUUACUCCGUUCUCUGGCCCCCGAUGAAAGCUGAGUCAGAGACAGACACUUCCCCUCAGUUCCCAGUGUCUCCCUUGGGGGGCCCCACCUUGGCCGUAUCCGUCUGUGGCUCCAGGGUAAGUCUGCCCCCCCACCCUCAUGGGGCGGGGAGCCCGGGGCAGCCCAGAGGCUGGGGGGAGGGAGUGGACUUUUGGCCCGUUUCGGUUAUUCCUUCCAUCUAGUCAACAGCUGCCUCGCGCAGGCUUAGCUCAUUCCUCUGACCUGCCAGGAAGCGGAGAGACCCAGAGAGCGGGAGGGAGGCGGAAACCUGGAGGCAGAAAGUAGAGACGGACCUGAGCCGGAGGAAGAAGGAGGCUGAGGCAGAGGCCAGCUCCCCCCCAGCCUGCCCAGACACCUCUUAGCGCGGCCCCUGCCAGUUCCCUAGGGGUUCCGCCCCUCCCCCUCUCUGGGGCACCAGGCCCCCGGGGCCCUGCAUCCCACCAUGUCGAUGGCUGUGGAAACGUUUGGCUUCUUCCUGGCCGCUGUGGGGCUGCUGAUGCUGGGGGUGACGCUGCCAAACAGCUACUGGCGAGUGUCCACCGUGCACGGGAGCGUCAUCACCACCAACACCAUCUUCGAGAACCUCUGGUUUAGCUGUGCCACCGAUUCCCUGGGCGUCUACAACUGCUGGGAGUUCCCGUCCUUGCUGGCCCUCUCUGGGUAUAUUCAGGCCUGCCGGGCGCUCAUGAUCACCGCCAUCUUCCUGGGCUUCCUCGGCCUCUUGCUAGGCAUAGUGGGCCUGCGCUGCACCAACAUUGGAAGUCUGGAGCUCUCCAGGAAAGCCAAGCUGGCGGCCACUGCAGGGGCCCUCCACAUCCUGGCCGGUAUCUGCGGGAUGGUGGCCAUCUCCUGGUACGCCUUCAACAUCACCAGGGACUUCUUCGACCCCCUGUAUCCCGGAACCAAGUACGAGCUGGGCCCCGCCCUCUACCUGGGCUGGAGCGCCUCCCUGAUCUCCAUGCUGGGCGGCCUCUGCCUCUGCUCCACCUGCUGCUGUGGCUCUGAUGAGGAUACCGAGCAGGGUUGGGGAGAGGGCGACACCCCAGCUCUGACCGGGGCCCCGCCCCGCAGCGCCCGGCUGCCUUACGGGGCUCCACUGUCCGUGAAGCCAGUCACCAUCUCGGACCAAGAAGACGACAGCAGCUUUGACAAAUACGGCAAAAACGCCUACGUGUAGCAGCUCUGUCCCGUGGGCUCCACUGUCCUUAUCACUGCCCCGUGGAGAGGGGUCCUGGCCGGGGCCCAUUCCCCUGUAGAAACUUCAGGGGCCGGCAACGCCCCACGCCGGAGCCACGCCCCACAGGCCACGCCUCCCCGGUCGGAGCCUCACCCCGGCCACGCCCCCCCCAGGCCAAGAACCGCUCUUGGGAAGUUGCAUGCCCCCCUGAGGCUGGAUCCCUCAUCUUCUGAGCCUGGGCUCUGGGCUGUGAAGGGGACGGAGGUGUCCUCGAACGUUUGUAUUCUGUAUAAAUACUAAUAAAUGUAUAUUGUGACCGUU